AUGCCACACUCCACGCGCAUACCACCUUUGCUCCAACCCUGCGUCCGCCUGCCUCGCGAAGAUGCGCUUCUUCUCGUCACCAGUACUCUCGGAGCCAGCGCAAAUUGGCUGCUCGUACGAUAUCUUUGCGAUGCGCUAAGUACCUCGAACGCGGCAGAUGGUGGGCAUGGGGAGGAAGAGAGCCAUAAUGUCGUGCUUGUGUCGUGGAUGAGGGAGUACGAGUUCUGGAAACACGAAGCCCGAAAGGGAGCAGGUCUUGACCUGGAAAGGUUGAGGAAAGAGGGGCGGUUUGCCUUUGUGGACGGGCUAUCCGGAUUGUGUCUUGAGGAUGGCGAGGAACAACAACAUGGCGCUGAUGACAGCCUGCGCGCAUCAUCUGCGCGAGCAUCGACUACACUGCCAAACAGAGGCUUGCCAGAGGUGAGGACGAUACCUGCGAGAGGACCACGGAUACCAGCCGCACCGACAGUUGAUAGAACGCCGGUAAUGAACACGCUAGUCGACAUGGCGAGUCCAAGCAAAGCCACAACAACAAGAACAGGUUUACACACUCUCAAAUCCUUCGACCUGAUACACCUGCAUACCACAAUCACGGCCGCCAUCAGCCACCUCACAUCCACCUCGCCCACGCAGAGAAAGACCUUUGUCGUCCUGGACAACCCUGACCUCUUACUCGCCCUAGACUCGACCAUUGCGCCCUCUGCCAUGACCUCUCUACUCUUGACCUUGCAUACCCUGUCGACCGUGUCACAUGUCCUCACACACAUACAAGCCGACACUCCACUGCUGAGCCUCAGCACACCGCCCCAACUCCUGGAAGUUGAACACCAUAAUUUCUUGGUCAAAUUGGCGCAUAUGAGCACUAGGGUGGUGAGUGUGAGGGUCUUGGAUACGGGUGUCGCAAGAGAUGUGAGCGGGGUGUUGAGAUGUACGGAGCAGAGGACGGGAUGGUUAAACUUGGGGCUUGAGUCUGGGGACAAGGGGCCUGAGGACGAGACAGGCAGAGGGAAGGAGGUUUUGUAUCAAGUGAAGGGGGAUGGGAGUGUAAAGGUUUUUGAGCGAGGCGCUGGUGGUGAGACUUGA